AUGGACGUCGCGCGCAUGGACGUCCCGGCGUUCGACGACGCCGAGGACGCGCGCGGGCGAGGGGCGAGGACGACGGCGACGAUGGCGGUGGCGGCGGCUCGAGACGCGUCGAACGCGCGACGGGCGCGCGCGCGGGGGACGACGGGCGAAACGGGACCGCGAACGGGCGAGAGAGACGAUGGUGAUGCGUCCGAACGUCGAGCGGGGGAUGGGACGACGGCGCGCGGGGGUCGGGACGGGACGCGGGUGGCGGCGGCGCGCGGGCGGGACGGGCGCGACGCGCCGAGCGGGAAGGCGUUGGGACGACGACGACGGGCGAAGGAGAAGCGGAAGCGCGCGGCGGAGGCGCGACGCGUGGCGCGUGGGGGUGUUGCGGGUGAAAACACGGACGAGGGGGAUGGGAUGAAGAAGCGAAAGAAGAAGGAGAAGGCAAAGGAGAGGGAACCGGCGGCGCCGAGCGCGCAGCCGAGAGCGGUGGUCGAGCCGGAGGAAUCGAGCGACUACUCCGAGGAGUUGCUUCCCGAUCGUGAUCCACUCGUCGUGAGCGAGGCGCAAAGCGUGCCGAGGAGAGAUCCGCCGAAGGCGGUCAAGAAACCACAGGGUGCCAAGAACACGCUCGCGGACAAAAUGCGCGCCAAGCUCAGCGGCGGGCAGUUCCGCAUGCUGAACGAGCGCUUGUACACCACCACGGGGGCCGAGGGGUUGGCGCUGGUGAAGGAAUCUCCUGAAUUAUUCGACGCCUACCACGUUGGGUUCCGUGCACAGGUUGAAUCGUGGCCGACGCUUCCCGUGCGCGUCGCCGCUCGAUGGUUGGAAAAGUGCCCCAAAAAGUGGGUGGUGGCCGAUUUUGGGUGCGGCGACGCCGAGCUCGCGCGUUCGAUCGAGCAAAAGUGUUGGUCGUUCGAUUUACAAGCCCCUGAACACGCCCCGGAGGUUAUUGCGUGCGACAUGUCUCGCGUGCCUCUCGACGACGAGAGCGUCGACGUCGCCGUUUUCUCCCUCAGCCUCAUGGGUGUCGAUUACGGCUCCUUUCUGGAGGAGGCCCACCGCGUGCUGAGAGUCGGUGGCGCUCUGUGGAUCGCCGAAGUCCGAUCCCGAUUCGACGGUCGCGACGGUGCGGCGACGAUCCCGUCCUUCACCGCGGCGCUCAAAUCCCUCGGAUUCGACCCGAAGCGCGACCCGGAUGAGCGAAACGUCAUGUUCUUCACCUGCGACUUUAUCAAAUCAGAGCGCGCGCCGCCCGAGCGCGGCGCCGUGCGCUGGCCCAGGCUCAAGGCGUGCACGUAUAAAAAACGUUAG